AUGUUUUAUUUACUGUUUGUAGAUGAACAGAAAAUUAAACCAGAAAUAUCAAAUGCCUCUUCUCUGAUAGAAUUUAUUCUACUGGGUUUUUCUGAUGUCCCCAAUCUCCAAUGGACUCUGUUUGGGAUAUUUUUGUUGGUAUAUUUGACUAUUCUGAUGUGCAACAGUACUAUAGUGCUAAUAACGAGAACUGACCCUGCUCUGCAGACGCCUAUGUAUUUUUUCCUUAGCAACUUUUCUUUUGUGGAAAUAUGUUAUGUAACAGUCACAAUCCCAAGGAUGCUUGUGGACCUGUGUACUCAAAAAGGUAAUAUCUCAGUACUUGCCUGUGCCACUCAAAUGUGUUUUAUCCUUAUGCUUGGAGGCACAGAGUGCCUCCUCCUGACAGCAAUGGCCUAUGACCGUUAUGUGGCCAUUUGUAAUCCUCUACACUAUUCUCUAGUCAUGAACCACAGGAUCUGUACCCUGUUAGUGGCGGCCUGCUGGAUCAGUGUCAUACCAGUUGUAAUUGGACAAACAUAUCAAAUUUUCUCUCUGCCUUUUUGUGGCUCUAAUAGAAUUAAUCAUUUCAUCUGUGACAUCCCACCUGUACUCAAACUUGCUUGUGGUGACACAUUUGUGAACGAGAUAGCAGUCUACAUAGUUGCAAUGGUAUUUGUCAUGGUUCCCUUUAUGCUGAUCAUUUUUUCCUAUUGCAAAAUUAUCUUGAGCAUUCUGAAACUGUCAUCAGCCAAAGGAAGGACCAAAGCUUUCUCCACCUGCUCCUCUCACCUGAUUGUUGUAGUCUUGUUCUAUGGAACAGCUGGCAUCACAUACUUACAACCCAAGCCAAAUCAAUCAGAAAUUACAGGAAAACUGUUGUCUCUCUUCUACACCAUUUUGAUACCAACUCUGAAUCCCAUUAUAUACACUCUGAGGAACAAGGACAUCAUGGCAGCUCUGAGAAAACUACUCAGUAAGAUACUAGUGUGA